AUGGCUCCAAAGCGCGCCCUGACUGCCUCGCAGUCCUCACAAGCCACGUCCUCUCAGCCCUCGAGCUCAGCCGCCCGCCCCGCCAAGCGCCCUCGCGUCGCCCGCUCCCCGCCUGCACCCUCCCCUUCCCUCGCCGCUCCACCCUCGAACGCCGCCCAGUCCGUCGUGCCCGAGACGCCCGACGACUCGCUGUCUCGACCUGCGCCCGCCCCUUCCCCACCCGCCGUCCCGCCCAAACCGCCCAAGCGCACCCUCGUCCCCGGCACCCUCCGCCGCCUCUCGACCGGCCACCCGACCCGCUCCGCCGCCCGCACCGACUCUGCCCUCGCCGCCACCCACCCCUCUCUCUCCCUCGCGACGGGCAAGCGCGCCCGCGUGCGCCCCGCCGCGACCCUCGCCGGCGCAAAGGUCGGCGGCCGGUCCAAGGACCUCGGCGACCGCGUCGAGCGCGAGGAGCUGUGGGUGCGCAGGGCCAAGGGGCAGGGGGCGCAGGGACUCGGAUUUGCCGGGUACCUCAAGAUGGGCGUCGGGGCGUUCGUCGAGCGAGGGUGCACCUCCCUCACGGUCAACGCCAUGGGCGCCGCCAUCCCUCUCGCGCUCUCGCUCGCGCUCGCCAUCCGCGACGCCGUUCCGGGCGGCGAGCCGCCUGCGCCCGCUUCUCGCGAUGGCGGUGGGACCGACGGCGAGGACGAGGGUGAGGGCGUCGUGCGCAUGCAGGUGCGCACGGGAAGCAAGACGGUGUCGGACGAGGUGACGCCGCUCGAUGAGGACGAGGACCUCGUGUACCAGUCGCGGACAAAGAGCACGGUCAGCAUCGAGCUGCAGCUCCGACCCGCACCCGCACCACCCUACAGCAGCAGCAGCAGCCCGCCAACCCUCGUCCCGCGCGUUCCUCGGCCCCCCCGGGUCCUCGUCCCCGCUUUCGUCGACACGUCGCCCUCGACACGCACGACUUGCCCAGCACAGUGA